AGUGUGCAUUUGUUUAAGAGCUUUUACCACUUUAAUAAAUCUAUUCGAUACUAAAAAUUGUUAGAAAUAAUCUGUAUCUUUUAAAUAUUUUUAUAACUUGUGUUUCUGCAUACAGAAAAUUGAGCAAAUCGGAAAAAUGACGCAAAUGUCGCAAGACGAAAUCAUAAGUAACACCAAAACGGUGUUGCAAGGCUUGGAAGCCUUGCGCGUCGAACAUGUCUCCAUUAUGAACGGCAUUUCGGAGGUGCAGAAAGAUGAGAAAUCCGAUAUAUUGCGCAAGAAUAUUGAAAACAUUGAGCUCGGAUUGAGCGAAGCACAAGUAAUGAUGGCACUCACUUCCCAUUUGCAAAAUAUCGAAGCGGAAAAACAGAAACUGAAGACACAAGUGCGUCGCCUCCAUCAGGAAAAUGCUUGGCUAAGGGACGAACUUGCCAAUACUCAACAGAAGUUCCAGGCCUCCGAGCAAUUGGUUGCUCAGCUAGAAGAAGAAAAGAAACACUUAGAAUUUAUGGCAUCCGUAAAGAAGUACGAUGACAAUCAGGAACAAGAUGAGUCCUGCGAAAAGGCGCGCACAGAUCCUGUGGUCGAGCUCUUCCCCGAUGAAGAAAAUGAAGACCGUAACAAUAUGUCUCCGACUCCUCCAAGCCAAUUUGCAAAUCAAACGUCAGGCUAUGAGAUUCCAGCUCGCCUGCGAACACUUCAUAAUCUGGUCAUUCAAUAUGCCUCACAGGGCAGAUAUGAAGUUGCUGUGCCGCUUUGCAAGCAAGCGCUCGAGGAUCUUGAGAAGACUAGCGGACACGAUCAUCCAGAUGUUGCAACCAUGUUGAACAUCUUGGCCCUUGUGUAUCGUGAUCAAAAUAAAUACAAAGAGGCUGCGAAUUUAUUGAACGAUGCUUUGUCCAUUCGAGGCAAAACAUUGGGAGAGAAUCAUCCAGCCGUUGCUGCCACCUUGAACAACUUGGCCGUCCUCUACGGCAAGCGUGGCAAGUACAAGGAUGCCGAACCACUGUGCAAGCGUGCUCUUGAAAUCCGUGAAAAGGUUCUAGGCAAAGACCAUCCAGAUGUUGCCAAGCAACUGAACAACCUGGCAUUGCUCUGCCAAAACCAAGGCAAAUAUGAUGAAGUCGAAAAGUAUUAUCAACGUGCCCUGGAUAUCUAUGAGGCAAAGCUUGGCCCUGAUGAUCCCAAUGUGGCCAAGACUAAGAACAAUCUGGCUGGUUGCUAUCUGAAGCAGGGCAGAUAUGCCGAGGCCGAAAUUCUAUACAAGCAAGUAUUGACACGAGCCCACGAACGUGAAUUUGGAGCUAUCGACAGCAAGAAUAAGCCCAUUUGGCAGGUGGCGGAAGAGCGUGAGGAACACAAAUAUGAUAAUCGCGAGAAUACGCCCUAUGGAGAAUAUGGUGGCUGGCACAAAGCGGCUAAAGUGGAUUCACCUACCGUAACCACGACAUUAAAGAACCUUGGCGCACUCUAUAGGCGACAGGGCAUGUUUGAAGCUGCCGAAACCCUUGAAGACUGUGCAAUGCGUAGUAAAAAGGAGGCAUACGAUUUGGCAAAACAAACAAAAGUUGCACAACUUCUCACAUCGACCGAAAAACGACGUUCAAAACAGAUGCGGGAUGACAUGGAUUUUUCAGAUGAGAAACCCAUUAAGCCUUAAGUACAUUCUUUGCCGCGCGGUGUUUUGUGGAAUCAAUGUGCUUUUUAUACAUAACGCUAACUCUCGAACAUUAAAUAUAUUUAUUCAUUCCUUAAUA